CUUUGAACCUGCCCAAAAAUAAGAGAAAAUUCAUUGUCAGUUACUCCACAAUAUUCUCCCCAAAAUUUCGUCAUUGCAAUGAUCACGCUGAACCCUGAUCAUACUAUAUAUAGCACCAUUUCCCUUCUCCUUUGAUCAUCAAAAUUUUAUAUUUUACAUCUAAAGCAGUAAAGCCAACAAGAUUAAUGGCUACUCCAAGUGUACAAGAAACUCGUCCACCAGUUCUUGAUUCUACUUCACAACCCCCAAACCUGUUCGAUGGAACUACCAGGUUGUAUAUCAAUUAUUUCUGCCCUUUUGCUCAGCGUGUGUGGAUUACCAGAAAUGUCAAGGGUUUGCAAGAUAAGAUCGCGUUAGUUCCAAUUGAUCUUGAGAACAGGCCUGCUUGGUACAAGGAAAAAGUUUACCCUGAAAAUAAGGUACCCGCUCUGGAGCACGACAACAAAGUGAUUGGAGAAAGUCUCGAUCUGGUUAAAUAUGUUGACAGCAACUUUGAGGGGCCAUCUCUUCUACCUGAUGACCCUGAAAAACAGAAGUUUGCUGAAGAGUUGAUGGCUUACAGCGGUACAUUCCUGAAAGAAAUAUUUGGUAACUUAAAAGGAGAUAUUGAGAAGCAUGCUGGACCUCAAUUUGACUACUUAGAAAAAGCUCUCGAGAAAUUUGAUGACGGACCUUUCUUCCUAGGUCAAUUCAGUCAGGUCGACAUAGCGUAUGCUCCCUUCAUUGAAAGGUUCCAAAUUUUGUUGCAAGAGUUGUUUAAUUAUGAUAUCACAUCUGGAAGGCCAAAACUAGCAAAAUGGAUUGAGGAAGUGAACAAGCUUGAUGGUUACAAGCAGACAAAAGUUGAACCCAAGAAAAUGGUCGACUUAUAUAAGAAAAAAUAUCUGGCGUAAAACUGAGUAACGCUCCAUGAACGGUGUGAAAUUAUGAUUAAGUGGUGUUUGGUGCUCCGUUCAUGUCAAGGACUUGAAGGAUUAUGCAUUAGUAAUUCGUAAAUAAAGUGGUUCUAUGUUUGUUAUCUGUGUAGAUUUUACUUGAGACCUGUUUCUUGUGCUGGAGACUUGUAUCAGCAUAGUUAUAGCUGUUACAGCAUCUCAUGUAUUAGAAUUUUGUUCUGUUAUGCAUCAAGCUACUUAAUGAAAUAUUAUACUAGUUCAUAA